GAAAUUAAAGCGUAAAAGCGAGAGACGUUGAAUUAAAAAAAAAGGGCAUGGCAAUUCUUCCUCUCUCUUGAAUUCUCUUGUUGGUGGCCGGAAACUUGCGUCAGCGCCCGCCGACGGAGGAUUUUGCAGUUUGAACGGCGGAGUGAGGUAUUGUCCCUGUUUCCGAUCGCCGAUUAUUCGACCAAUGGCAGCGUACGGUUCUUGUUGAAGGAUAAUUCGGGAAUCGAUUUGGCUUUGGUCCAGAUCUCGUAUUCCUAGGGUUCUUAAGAUUCUUAUAUGAUGAUGCUUUGCGUUUUUAACCGAUUGUAUCUUGGAAUCCGGGAUGGAAUCGGGGGGAAUUUAGGGUUUAAAUCGGAUUUGGUGGCAUAGUUUGGUGUAGAACAUGGAAGGAGGGGGCAGGAGAUCUCGUGAACCUUUAGGGGUAGUGAUGAAGAAGAGAAGUUCUUCGGGUUGUUUGAUUGUGAAGAAGAAGGGCGAUGUGGUCGGUGGGAUUUGUUCGUCUUCAGGGAAUCGCCCGGUUUAUGAUUCAUGGUUGGAAAACAAGAGGUCCAGGACGGUUAUGAGUGAUUCUGGUUCUGGGUCUAGCGCUGAAAUUAUGAUACCUGGUUGGAAAACUGUUCACCAAACUAUGCACCACCAUUGUAAUGGCUUGUCUGGUUUUGAUGGGGUAAAUGCAGAAGAAAGGGAUUCUGGCCGGAGACGGGAUUGGCAAGGGGAUUCUUUUGUGGGAAAGAGCAGCGAAGAAUGGAAGAGGAAUAGAUUAGAUGAAGUGGGGUACAAUGACGAUGAGGAGAGUGAAGACGAACUAAUGACUAUGAGGAUGAGGAGGUCUUUUGACGGCGGUGGAGUUGAUAUCGGUAGGAAAUCAUAUUUCAGAUCUGCUCAAUUUGGCAUUGACAAGAAAGGCGAAACUGGUUCAAGUAGAGAUUUAGUUCUUGAGAAAAGAAGAAAAUCAUAUUUUGAUGGGUCAGGGGCCGCAAGUUUUGCAAAUCAGGGUUGUAGAAACAGGUUUAAAGUUACUGCAGAUGAAACCGAAAUUCAUGAAUCAUUGUUGCGGAAGAAGUACAUGGGUGAUGCAGGCUUUGAUGAACCUAUUAGAGUUCAGGGGAAAAACGGUGUCUUGAAGGUUAUGAUAAACAAGAAGAAUAAGAUGAGCGGGUUACUCAGAAACUUCACUAACGUGGAAGCUAAACAAACUCAAACUGGUUCAAAAAUUCAAGAUACUGGUAAAAUACGUGUUGCCAUCCAGUCGCCAACCACUUUGAAAGGUGAAAAUCUUGCAAUACGGUCAAAAAUGCAUAUGGCCUUAGCCAUGAAAAAUAAAGGCCUGGACCAAGAUUCAGAAGAUAGUGAUAUGUCAGCAAGGGUGCAGAAGAAGAAUAUUAGAGGUCAUACAUCUGGCCAGAUGUCAAUUGCUGGAGGUGAAAAGACUCUACCUGAUGAGCCAGCUCCUCCAAAAAUCAAAGACGGAAAAGUUAGGCGUGGCUCUGGCACUGAAAAACAACGAUUACGUGAGCGAAUUAGGGGAAUGUUGCUGGAAGCAGGGUGGAUGAUUGACUAUAGACCUAGAAAGAAUAGAGACUACCUAGAUGCAGUUUAUAUAAGUCCAACAGGAACAGCAUAUUGGUCUAUUAUCAAGGCCUAUGAAGCGCUUCUGAAGCAAUUCAAUAAUGAGGAAACUGUGGUCAAGCCUAGCCGGGACUUUUCUUCAUUUACUCUGAUCUCAGAUGAGACGCUCAGUCAAUUAACACGGAAAACGAAAAGGAAGGUUGAAAGAGAUUUGAAAAGACAGCAACAAGGUGGCAGUGAUAGUGAUGAAAAAAACAUUUUUGCGAGAAAGUUCCCAACUAUUAAAAAUGAACCAGUGACUGAAGACCGAUAUGUCCAUAAAGAAAAACUAAGCUCCUCCCUAGGGCAGGGUUCUAUGUCUAUGGGAAAUGAGGUCAAUCAUGAAGCUGGUUUACCAGGUAUGAAGCACAAAUGUGAAAAAUCUGCUGGUUCCUCCUCUCACCAUAGAGACGGUGGCAAAAGUGUGAAAACUGGUAGGAAUACAUUGCUGGUACGACGUUCAACUAAGGGAAACAAUUCAGAAUCCGAUGGCUUUGUACACUUCUCUGGAAAACGGACAGUGCUGGCAUGGCUGAUUGAUAAUGGAAUUGUUCAGUUGGACGAAAAGGUUAUGUACAUGAACCCCCGAGAUUCACGAGCAAUGCUUGAGGGCUGGAUAACGAGGGAUGGGAUUCACUGUGGUUGCUGUAGUAAAAUCAUUUCAGUUUCGAAGUUUGAGAUCCAUGCUGGAAGCAAAUUGCAGCAGCCAUUUCAGAACAUGUAUUUGGAUUCUGGGGUUUCUCUUCUUCAAUGCCAAAUAGAUGCAUGGGCCCGACAAAAGGGUGAUAAGCACGUUGGUUUCUGCAAUGUAGAUAUAAAUGAAGAUGACCCAAAUGAUGAUGCAUGUGGUAUUUGCGGGGAUGGAGGUGAUUUAAUCUGUUGUGAUGGUUGUCCCUCGACAUUCCACCAGAGAUGCCUAGACAUUAAGAUGCUUCCUCUUGGUGAUUGGCAUUGCCCAAAUUGUACAUGCAAAUUCUGUAGGACAGUUGUGGGAGACCAUACACAAACUGUGGAUGCAACUUUAUGGAAAUUACUUACCUGCAAGAUGUGUGAGAAAAAAUAUCACAAACCAUGCAUGCGUGAUGAGAUGAUUGCUACUCCUACUGCCUGCGCUGAAUUAGGCAUUGCAUUUUGUGGGGUGGAGUGCAAAGAGCUCUGUGAAGGUUUACAAAAGUAUGUUGGCAUCAAACAUGAAUUAGACAACGGGUUUUCAUGGUCUCUAGUUCAUAGGGCAGAUACAGAUUCAGAUUCAUCGGUACCUGAGCCGCCUCAGACUGUUGAAAGUCAUUCCAAGCUUUCGGUAGCUCUGACAGUCAUGGAUGAAUGCUUUUUGCCCAUUAUUGACAGGAGGAGCGGGGUGAAUAUAAUGCAUAAUGUCCUUUACAAUUGCGGGUCAAAUUUCAACUGGCUGAAUUUCGGUGGCUUCUAUACCGCUAUUCUCGAGAGGGACGACGAAAUAAUUGCUUCGGCAUCUAUCAGAUUUCGCGGAGAUCGGCUAGCAGAGAUGCCCUUUAUUGGAACUCGCCAUAUCUACAGGCGUCAAGGGAUGUGCCGCCGACUUUUCGAAGCCAUAAAAUCAACUCUUCAACAUCUCGAGAUUGAGACGCUGGUUAUUCCCGCAACCCCCGACUUUAGCCGUGCUUGGAUAGAUAAAUUCGGGUUUCGUCCUGUGGAUGAUGAUUUGCUGAAGAAAGAAAUCCGUUCUAUGAAUCUUUUAGUGUUUCCCGACAUGGAUAUGUUACAGAAGGAUCUGUUAGGACAAAGACAUGCCGGCGGAGAUUCUGCCCCCGACACAGACGCAGGAAUCAAAAGGGAGCUCUAUGGGGAUGGUCAAGAAGAUUGUGAGGAAUUCAAUGAAGACAUGGAUUCUGCCAUCAUCAAGACAACAAGAGAAGCUGAUGGUUUCGGACACAGUUCCCAUCACCUUGAAUCGAGCCGAAGCUCAUCGCCUUCGGAUUCCGGAGCGAAACGCCGAACCUACGGGGAUCCAAACUCAGCUUCCCGAGAUGUUAUAGGAGAUACCGAGGUGAAACCUUCGGGUGAAGGAGACGAGGAUACUGACUCGGGUUAUGAAACAACAUUGGAUUCUCCGAGAAGAGAAGAGUCGCUUCGCGGGAACCGGGAAAUGGCGUUUCUGGAUCAGAUUAUACGUAGUCCGGUGGACGGAUGAGAUGUGUAUUGUUGUCCUAAUGCCGGUGGUGCAAUCUCUCCGGCGAUACAAGUGAGAGAAGGCCACCGGAGUUCAUGGUGAAGAAAUGUGAAUAUGGAGAAAGAGCUCUUUUGCGUGAAAUUCCGUCGCCGGAAUCUCUGGAACUUGAAUAUGGCCGUUUUAUGUAAUAUGUACAUACACACAUAUAUAUAUAUACACACACAUCCCCAAUUCGUAAA